GUUUAAUAAUAUUGUUUAAAGAACUAGAACGGUGAACUAGAAGUGAAGAAAGUGAAAUGGCGUCCCAUUUGACCUGUGUGUGGAUUGUACUGCUGCAGCUUUUGAGCCUUGCUCUGGGAGAUGUCUCCCAUUUGGAUUACUCUAUUACACCCAGUUCCCAGCUGGGCUACUAUCACUAUCCCGCCCCCAACCGACCAGCAUUGCAACGGACGCAGAGAACCCAGUACCAACCAAUCCAGACGCAGGAGUAUCCCCAACUGGCCCGUCAGUUUGCCGAACCCGCCUUGGAGCAGGCUGCUUUCACCCAGGCUUUGACCAGUCAGGGUUACGUAUUUGGAGCACCUUCGUCCCAGCUGCAGGUCGCUCCCUCGGCUCCACAACCCCAGCAGGUGGCCAGGCCUUCAGUUCCUUUGGGUUCUGGAACCAUAACGGGUCGCUCCAUAGCCUCAAAUGCGGAUGCCAACUCCCUGAAUCUCAAGCUGCCUGUGCCCUUUGGCAUUGCUCCCCUGAAUGUGGCCCAACUGCCACUCCAGGCUGGAGCCCCCUAUGCCAGUGUGCCCCGGACAACAGGCCUCACCUCCUAUGGAACACCGCAGAUCCAGAGGCGCUAGCCACAACCAAUCCUAAUCCUAAUAUAGCAUAAUAAUAAAUUUAACCGAGCCAGAGUUAUCCCGACUGAUCAUCAAACUGCGAUGACUUCUGCUCUUAGUGAAUACACAUUGAUAAUAAACUUGCCAUCUAAGCUUA